AUGGCCCAGGCCCUGGGACCGGACUCGCUGAGGGACCACCGUGAGGGCGGGAGGCCCAAGUGGGACAACAAGUUCCAGUACUUCCUGAGCUGCCUCGGGUUUGCCGUGGGGCUGGGGAACGUGUGGCGGUUCCCGUACCUGUGCCAGACCCACGGCGGAGGGGCCUUCCUCGUCCCCUACGCUGUCGCCCUGGUCUUCGAGGGCAUUCCCCUCUUCCUCGUCGAGCUCGCCAUCGGCCAGCGGCUGCAGAAGGGCUCCAUUGGGGUGUGGACGGCAAUCUCCCCCUACCUCAGCGGAGUAGGGCUGGGCUGCCUGGUAGCGUCCUUCCUCAUCAGCCUGUACUACAACACCAUCCUCACCUGGGUGCUGUGGUACCUCCUCAACUCCUUCCAGCAGCCGCUGCCCUGGAGCUCCUGCCCAACAGACCUCAACAGGACAGGGUUCGUGGAGGAGUGCCAGGGCAGCGGUGCCGUGAGUUACUUCUGGUACCGGCAGACGCUGAACAUCGCGGCCGACAUUAAAGACAGCGGCUCCAUCCAGUGGUGGCUGCUGGUCUGCUCGGCGGCCUGCUGGGCAAUCGUGUACAUGUGCAUCAUCAGAGGCAUUGAGACCACAGGGAAGGCGAUUUACUUCACAGCCCUGUUCCCCUACCUGGUGCUGACGGUCUUUCUCGUCAGGGGGCUCACCCUGCCUGGGGCGGUGCAUGGACUCACCUACCUGUUCACGCCCAAGAUGCAAACUCUCCAAAACCCCCGAGUGUGGCUGGACGCGGCCACCCAGAUAUUCUUCUCUCUGUCCCUGGCCUUUGGAGGACACAUCGCCUUUGCAAGUUACAACCCGCCCAGGAACAACUGCAAGAGGGACGCCGUGGCCGUCGCCCUGGUCAACAGCGUGACCUCCCUGUACGCGUCCAUCACCGUCUUCUCCGUCCUGGGGUUCAAGGCCACCAACGACCAUGGGCAGUGCCUGGACAGAAACGUCCUCAGCCUCAUCAACGAGUUUGACCUCCCAGAGCAGAGCAUCUCCAGGGACAGCUACCUCGCCGCCCUGGCACACCUGAACACCACCCAGCCGGAGAGGGUGGCCCGGCUCUCGCUGAAGACCUGCCGCCUGGAAGACUUUCUGGACAAGAGCGUGGCGGGCCCAGGCCUGGCCUUCAUCAUCUUCACGGAGGCCAUCGUCCACAUGCCCGGGGCGCCCACCUGGGCCAUCCUCUUCUUCGGGAUGCUGUUCGCCUUGGGCCUGUCGUCCAUGUUCGGGAACAUGGAGUCCGUCAUCGCGCCACUGCUGGACGUGGGAGUCAUGCCCAGAUGGGUCCCCAAGGAGGCCCUGACUGGGCUGGUCUGCCUGGUCUCCUUCCUCCUGGCCUCCUGCUUCACGCUGCAGUCUGGAAACUACUGGCUGGAGAUUUUCGACAAUUUCGCCGCUUCCCUGAACCUGAUCAUCCUUGCCUUUCUCGAGGUCGUCGGGGUGGUUUACGUCUACGGGAUGAAACGGUUCUGUGACGACAUCGCGUGGAUGACCGGGAGGCGGCCCGGCCUCUACUGGAGGGUGUCCUGGGCGCUGGCCAGCCCCCUGCUGCUGCUGACCAUCUUUGUGGCCUACAUCGCGUUCCUGGCCCAGAAGCCGCCGAGCUACAGGGCCUGGAACCCCCAACACGAGCGGUUCCCCGAGUGGCAGGAGAAGCGCUACCCGGGCUGGGUGCUGGCCGCCUGCGCCCUGCUGUCCCUCCUGCCCACGCUGUGCAUCCUGGUGGCUGCGCUGGCCCAGCUGCUCGCCAGGCACACACGGAGGCGGAGGCCCAGGGACGCGCUACCGAACGCGGACACCGACAGGGACACGGACACGCGCUGA